AUGGAAGACGCGACCGCUACUGCCCUAAUCUGCAAAGACGAGAUCGAUGAGUUGAACUAUGAUCAGGAGCCAAUCACUCCUGAGCAACAAGAGGUUCUCCAGGAGAGCCAGAUCGAUGAGUUCGAGCAGAAUGCCAAUUCGGUUGAGGUAACUGUGACCAUGGCCGAGGAGAAAGAGGACGAUGUUGUCUCGACCAAAUCGGAGUCCGAGCUCAAGCUCGAGCAAGCUCCGCAAAUCGAGGACUAUGUCGAGCCGGCUGUUGAGCCAAUCAAGACCGUGGAGUUCGUUGAGAAUGCCGCCAAUGGCAACGAGAAUCGCUCGCCGAGCCCAAUCGCUUUCAACACCAAGAAAAUGGCUGGUGGACUCAAGUGGCCACCAGAGAACAACACCACUGAGGGAAAGAAAGAGGCUAUUGAGAAUGAGGCCCUUCCAAAGAAGAGAGUUUCGGAUCUCAUCGCGCGUUUCAACAAUGGCAAUAUCGAGAAUGACCCAAAGAAAACUGAGACUUCGUACAAGUCGGAGUACGGUGCCACUGAAAGCGUUGGCAAGGUCAACCACAACUUUGCCUAA